CUUUUUUUUUUUUUACUUUUGGCAAGGGACUAUUAAGGAAUGGAUUCACGGAUUUCUCAAUACUACGCUGUGAAAAGUUGGUUGCAACUUUAUUAAUUAAUAUAGAAUCUAAUAUUUUUCAUUUGUAUGUUUUAAAUUGUUGGUGAAUAUUUGUGGUUGCUAUUUUGGGUUCUUGCGGUCGGCCUCUUUUGUUUGGUGUAUGAUAAUCAUCCUGUUAAUUGUAGUUAAUAUGACUGGAAAUUCGUAUUUUGUUUCUCGAUUUCGGUUGUUCAUCUGAAAAAUGGAAGUAAUUCUUAAUAUCAUAUAAUUUAAGAAAAUAGGUUGUUUUCUUUCGUUUCUGCGAUCUAUUGCAAUAUUGAUUUUGCGUUUCUUUUUGUUUGAAAUAUAGUUUGCCCAUCUAAAGUGCAUUCAGAGAUGAUGCAACAAAAAGGGUGGUAUAACCUGUGAAAUAUGCAAUCAGGUUUUCUCACCCAAUUAUAUGGUUCCAACUCCAAGAAGUAAUGCUGAUGUUAUGACUAUUGAUAUCAGGCAAGCAUUGGCUCAACAUAUUGGUCUUCGGGAUCCUCAUUUCUUGACUUUCACGACAGUUGAUAGUCAGUUUCUGCAAUCAGACUAUGAGGACUGUACCUUUGCAAGGGGAACUCUUGCAUGUUUUCAUUCUGUGGUUAUCAUUCUGAUGCUACUCUUGCUGAUACGCCAAACUUUAAUGGUCACAAGAGACAUUGGGAUGGUGCAGGCAUCAUCAGAUUUCAUCCAUGUAAGUUCAAUUUUAUAUUUCUUUAUGUUUUUGAGAUAUGAACAUGUUAGUGACUUAGUUUACAAUCACUUACUGGAAUUUGAAUUCCUAUUGGACUCGGAUAUCAUUUUAACAAUAGAUUUUCCUGUUCUAUUUUUGGUUUUGUCAAAAAGGUAUUCACGUACAACUUUUUUUCCUUCCUUUGUGGCAGUUUCUCAUUUUUUUUUUUUUUUGCAAAUAUUUCAGUAUCAGAUAUCUGUUCUUCAGUUGGCUGGAAUUCUUAUCUCUUGCUAUGUGGCGGUCCGUUCAUGGUACAUUAUACAAUUCCGGCGGAGAAGACAGGUUUGUUAAUUUAUGUCCUUCACCUUCUCUGCUUUGUGUUUGUAAGAUAUAGAUUCUGGUUUCAAUAAUAAACUGUAAAGUAGACUAAUCCUGAAAUUAAAACCAUUCGAAAGACGGAUAUAAUGUUUCAAUCAAAAGCAUUCCAAUCGACAAAUAUUUUAAUCGCCAUUUUUAUGUAGUUUUCUAUUUAAGGAAUCUUCAUAUAUAGCCGGGAAUUAUUAAACUGCAUUGAAUAGUGUGUCUACUGUCACACAAUCGACGUACACAUCUAUUAUUAAAAUGCAUUGAAUUGUGUGUCUACUGCAUUGAACGAGGUUAACUUUUUAAACUAAAUCUUGUGUGACAAAAAAAUCUGUUAUGAUAUGAAAAAAAUUUUAAUUUCAACCCACCUAACAUAUCUUCCUGGUUCCACCCCGGCCCUCUGUCAUGUACAACGUAAUUUAUAGAUAUAAUAAUUGUCCUCCAAUCCGAGUCGGACUUUGAAAUAUUUACAAAUUUUCUGGAAAAUGUGAUUGGUCAUGAACAUAUGAAUACUUAUAAGUAAUCCUGGAGAUACGAGGGCUUAUAGAGAUAGCCUAUGAAAUAUAAGUUGUUCUAAUAAGUGAAGGCUUACGGUGAAUCAGGUCAAAAUACAAGAACAUGUUGUUGAGCUCGUUUGAGUCUCAUUAUAAAGAGAAAUUUUGGUAAAAUAUAUUAUGGAAUAGUAUUUUCUAGGAGAAUAUGUGAUUAAAAAAACUUUGAUUUUAGUGUAGAAUAUUUUAUUGUGUAAAUAUGUUGUGGAGAAUGAUAUUGUAGUAAACAAUUUAAAAUUUUAAAGGGUGUCAAACGGGGGCUUAAUUUAAUCGACCCUAUCCAAGUAACAUAAUUGAUAGUUAGUCAAUGUGGAACCUCCUCUAUCACGUGCACGUCACGUAAUUUAUAGAUAUAACAAGAACCAUAAUUUACGGAAUGCAUUUCAGAAAUAAAUUUCAGUAGACUGAUGCAAUAUUAAGAGGUCAAGAAAAUUUGGAUAUAAGGCUUCACACCUCUCGUAGGGAGUCCCUUUUCAUUACAGCAAUGCUACCUGACCAUUUGUCCUCGUCAUGGAGGUUACCUAUUAUGUCAAACAGAAGUUGUCAAUCGAAGUUUGGUCAAUCUUUUGA